CCGGGCACUUACACCUCGUUUUCCUGCAGCGUCACGGGGUGGGAGGACAGCCUCAGGCAGGCGGGAGGGUGGCCAGCGUGAAGGGAGCCGGCAAGGCCUCAAGGAACCAAGUGCAAGUCGGCUUCACAACCCUGAACAUUAAGGCACUUCCUGCAGCCAGGUUCUGCAUCGAUUCGGCCGCUCAGGCUGCAGGGACACCACAGAACUGCCGGGGCACAGCUGAACGAGCCUCCGCCUCCAUCAUCACAGGGCAAAGAGUGUGAAGCAGGACACCCGACUCCACGCCAGUCUACUGGGCCAUGCUGCGAGCUUUUGUCCAGUCCAGCACGCCACCUUACCGGCAGCUCACCAGGGACUCAGCGGCUGAGAGCGAAGGCAGGUUCUCAGGGACCCUGGUGUAUGAAGCUGAGCUAGACUGUCUCUACACUCCACCUGGAGAGCCUGGAGACCAGGACUCAGGACUCUGGCAGCAAGCACCUUGUGGCACCUUCAGUCAAGGACAGGCAACAGCAUACAUCAAGUUCAUACAGUGAUUACAGCUUUGCAUCACCAGGGGAGAUAACAUUCUCUUUUUUUCUUUCUCCACUGCCACCAGGGUUAUCAUUGGUGCUUGAUGCCAACACAAUAAAUCCACCACUGCUAAUGU